AUGGCACUUUUAUACCAAGCUCAUGAGGAAAAACAUCACCUUCCAGAGUAUCGAGGCCAAUAUAUGCGAGGAGAUCAUAGAUACCCGACUAUUAUGCUCGAAGCGGUUGCUUCUCAAGACUUAUGGUUUUGGCAUGCUUUUGCCGGUCCACCGGGUUCUCAAAACGAUAUCAAUUCGAUCCCUUACCCUCACGAAGUAAACGAAAAGAAAUUCAAGAGGCAACAUGAGGCGGCAAGAAAAGACGUCGAACGGGCUUUUGGUGUUUUGAAGGGGAAAUGGGGUGUAUUGAGUCGACCGAUGCGAGCAAGAUCGGUUAAAAAAAUUAGGAAUGUCGUGUACACGUGUAUUAUUUUACACAACAUGAUUUUGAAAGACGAUGGAAAGGCGAUAGCACCGGUGCACAUUCGGGAUCCUCCGGUCGAGCCGGCUCUAGACGAUACGGUGUUGGGCGAGUUGUUGAAUGAAGACACCCAUUGGAGACUCAAACACGAUCUCAUAGAUCAUCUCGCAAGUCAAGAUUUACCCCAUCUUUUGGCCGAUUCCGACGAAGACUAG